AUGCAGUUCAAAGAUCGAACGAACGAGUUCCGGUCGUGCGUCGAGUCGGCGGCGAUGCGAGUGACCGGCAACGGCAGUGACGUGCGCCGACCGCUGCUCAAGAACGGCUCACGCGACGACAAGAAGGGACAGCGCUCCGAGUUCGCCAGGAUGGCCGCCAAGAUCGGCAAGGACAUCCAGGGGACCACUUUCAAGCUCGAGAAGCUCGCCCAAUGCAAGUCGACUCUGGAGUCGAGCUGUGACUCGACGGGGAUCGGGGUCGACGAGGCUGGCUCGUCCAUGUCUCGCGCUCGCCGUCGUCUCACCAAAUGCACAUAGAACACCAAAGCUGACAUAUGCAGGUAUCGCAUUCUUUCACAGUGGCAAAGCGAAAGACGUUGUUCGACGACCGGCCAGUCGAGAUCAGCGUCAGUUGGAAUGACCGGACACGUCGCGUCGGGAUCGAGCAUCAGCGAGUCUCAGGAGGUGCUGACACGGACCUCGUACAUCGCCAUACAACCAGGAAUUGACCUUUAUCAUCAAACAAGACAUCGCCGCACUCAACCAGCAGAUUUUACAGCUGCAGCAGUUCACCAAGAAUACGCUCAACGCCGCCGGCACGUCGAAACAGAUCUCGGAGCACAACAACAACGUCGUCAUGAUGCUCCAGAGCAAACUUGCCGACACAAGUAUCGGGUUCAAGGACGUGCUCGAGAUCAGGACUCAGGUGAGGAAGCAUGGUCGUGGCAGCCAUAGCCGGACCUUCGCUGUCCGGAGUGAUCUUCUAGCUGCGGCCCUUGACUGAUUAGAAUCCAACUCUUCGCAGAACAUGAAAGCAUCGCGGGACCGGACAGAGCAGUUCAUGUACACAGGGAACAACGCACUGGCGGGGCCAGCAUCCGGUAAGUCUUGAGCUGCAUGGCACUGCGCAUGUGUGCCCCGAGGACCGCGUGGUCGAGCCAGACCGACCUGACGACCUGAUCACUUACCAAAAGUCCUCCGCUCACGCAACCCGCAUGGUGGUAAUGGUGCCGCCGAACCCGAUCUUCGUUCAGACUCGCCCCUCUACCGACAACCGACGCCGAGUGGCAAAGGCAAAGGGCGAGAUCUCGGGCCAAGCAAUGCUCCCGGCGGUGGGCAAGCCGACUUCCUCGCCUUGGACUUUGGAAACUCGCAGACGGGGACAGGGAUGCCAGAACAAGGUUUCAUGCAGCAGGAGCUGGCGUUGCAGCAAGGCGAUGUGAGUGCUGUCCCGUCUCUUUGGAGAUCACGCUGACGGGGACGAGGGCUGAUGUUUUGCUCUUGGCGCCACAGGAGCAAUAUAUGAAUCAACGAAGCACAGCGAUCGAGACCAUCGAAUCAACGGUCGCAGAGCUAGGUCAGAUCUUCUCGCAGUUGGCAACAAUGGUUGCAAUCCAAGGCGAGGUCGUCACUCGGAUCGACGCAGACACGGAGGAGAUCGCAACAAACGUUAGCGGCGCACAAUCGUAGGUUACGAACAAACAGGGAUGCCAGCGCGUUUAUCUGGUAUUAUUAUACUGAAUCUAUUGGUUGCGGCACCGAAGUGAACUGCUCAAGUACUACGCUUCCGUCUCGUCGAAUCGCUGGCUGAUGCUCAAGGUGAGUGGUGCUGGCGCUGGCGCUGCGGUAGUCUGGCCCUCCUGA